AUGUCACGGGAUAGGAACUGUCUUGAUGGACUCAGCCACGAUGUGUCUUUGGAGGGCGCGCCAUACAAGUUGCGCCUCCUCCCGAAGCACUGCGGCGGACAGCUGAAUCCAGCCCAAAAGUCCGUAGUCAGGAUGUUGAAAAGCGACUACGGAACAUCUAUCAGCGGGGUUGCGGAGGCAGCUGUGAGGAGCAAAAGGCACGACAGCGGCCUAAACUUUCCUGCGGUGCGCACGGCCAUUCUGCUUCUGUCGCGCUCUUCAGCAGAGGAGGUCAUCCUCGCCUGCGUGUGCAUCGCCGGCGUGAAGGACCGCCUACUGACAGCCGCCGUCAGCGCAUUUUACAUCACCUCUGCAGCCCCUAGCUUUGCAAGCAGCAGCGCCACACGCAUUGACACACCUGCACAUCAACGGAUCGGUUUCCGUGAACGGCUGCCCCACACCUUCCCCUUGCUGUACAACGCCGUGGACGGGGAGGUAGCGCAGUCGCCGACCCGCGACCUCAAGCGGCGGAUGGUGCUGUUGUUCGCCGCGAAAGCCGCAAGCGACAUGAACCAACAGUACAUCCUGGCUGUCGUACGGAAGGGGGAACAGGGGUUCUUUGGCGAGGUGGGCUUUGUGGACAUCGACAAGCAGCUCCGUGUCAUGCAAUCUGCCGAGUACAACGAGCUGUGUCGCGUGAAGGACGUCGCGAGCAAGUUCUGCACGCGAGAUGCGGGAAUCUGGGUCCUGCAGACGAAGGGUGCCAUCACCCUCCUCAGACGACUCGUGCAGCAGCAACAACAGCAACAGGGCGUCCAUGGACAGGCGGGUAGCAGCGCUGGUGGUGCCGCUGCUACUGUGGCGGCGGCGGCGGCAGCGGCGGCGGUAGGUGCAGCAGCCGCAGCAGCAGCACCCGCCAGGGCAGGGGCGCCCCUGGGUGCGGGCCCGGCCGCCGGUGGCGGCGGCGGCGGCGGCAGCGCUAUUGGCACCAGCGCUAACACUGGAUGCACCAAUGGCGCCGGCGGCGGCAGCAGCAGCAUCCUGGGCAGCAUUAGAAGCCGCGGAGCUGGCGUCUUGGACGCCCGCGCUGCUGCUGCUGAUGGUAGCAGCGACGGUGGCGGUGGUGGUGAUUUGUUGGAUGGGACAAUCGGCCAGGGGGAGCCCCAGCUGGCGGAGCAGCCUCAGGUAGGAGCGGCGGCCGCGGGGCCGACAGCUGUACCGGUCCAGGCGCGAGCUGCGGCGGCAGCUUCGCCGCGGCCUUCCCCCUCCAAGAAAUUGAAAUUGACACCAGUAAAGGAAGAGGCGGCAGUGGCGGUGGCGGUGGCAGCGCACCAUUCAAUCCCAACGCCUCAAACUCGCGGGCCCAGCAGCCAGUCUGCAGCAGCCGCAGUCGCAGAGCGGGAGGCCAGCGGUGGCGGUGGGGGUGGUGGCGUUGCCGCCGGCGCUGCCAGCGGCGGUGGCGUCAGCGGCAGCGGAUCCCAGGAGCUACGUAACCUGGGCGCCGCUACGGAGCGUGCUGGCCCCCAGCAUGCACCGCCGCCAGCUAGCGGUGACGGAAGCCACAACGACGCCAACCCCGGUCAGACAGCCGGGGCCCCGCCGCCGGGGCCACCUCCCCAGCUUGUCGCGGAGGAGCUCGUGGACUUGGACGUGGACGUGGCACUGAGGGGCCCCCCACGGUACCCGGGUCAAGAGGCCGAGGAGGUGUUAGGGGCUGCGCCCCACGCGGCGGCACGGCAGGCGACCACGGUUUUGGGGGCCCCCGGUGAGCCGCGUGAAUGUGCUUCUGGUCUAAGUCCGCCGCCCCAGCGUCUGCACCAGUCACCGCACCUGGCGGAAGGGUUGCCGGGAGGGGGGGGAGGAGGAGGAGGAGGAAUGCGGCUUCGCAGCUGCUCGGUAUGCCCUGGGGAGGCGGGUGCGAGUGCGGGUGCGGAUGUAGGAGGCCUGGCGGCAGCUGCGGCUGCCGAGGCAGUUCCGUCGCCACCGUUGCUGGUGCAACAGCCGCAGCUGCGGCAGGAGGUGCGACAGUUGCAACCCGUGCAGCAGCAGCAACAGCCGCGGCGGCGCAUCCUGCUGUUCAGCACCGCCGCCGCCGCCGCCGCUAGUGGUGGUCGUGGUGGUAGUGGUGGCGGUGAUGGUGCGAACUGUCCCGCAAUCGCUGCCAAUGCGCCCCGGCGAGUACUGUGGAGCCCCGGUCCGGCCACCGGCGCUGCAGGAGGCGGCGGCGGAGUGGGGCCGCCGGGGCCGCCGAUGUCGGCUCCAGGGAGGCAGCGCCUCGCACCGCACCCCGCAGCAGCAGUGGGGCCCAUAGCCGGGGGCAAUGGCUGUAGUGGUGGUGGUGGUGGUGCGGCUGGUAGUAACAUCGGCGCUGGUGCUGGGGAGGCCACCUGCGGUGCAGUGCCAUGGGCAUCUACAGCUACAGCUACAGCAGCCUUGCUGGCGGCAGUCGGGCGAAGACCUGGUCGCGUACCUCAACAGUUUCGUCACCUGCACCAGCAGCACCACGUGCAGCAGGAGCAGCAGCAGCCUAAGAAAACCCAGCAGCAGCAGGAGCAGCAGGAGCAGGUUGUGUUACCGGCAGCGAACGGGAGCCCGCAAUUCGUCUGGAGGAGGAAACCGCGCUUCCGCCGGGAUGCCCUGUUCCCCGGCUCGCAGGCCUUACACCUGGUGUCCCUCGGGGCACUGGGGGGAGGGCGCCGGGGCACAGCAGGGUAUCACAGCAGGGCAGCGGGUGGCGGCGGCAGUAGCGGUAGCGGUAGGGGGGAAGAGGCUGCAGGCAGUGGUGCUCGUGGUGGUGGUGGUGGUGGUGGUGGUGAGGUUGGCGAGGGGCAGGGCCGCACCUGGCAAGGAUGGCUGGCGGCCCAGGGCGCCGAGGUCAUGCUGGAUCUGGCGCGGGUGAUGGACCAGGAGGAUGGACACACGGCCUUGCAGGUGAUAACGUCCGUGCGCAACCUGCUGAUGGCACGAAGAGGAGCCCAAAGCGACCAGCAGCACCAGCAGCCGGACCAGCAGCAGCAGCACCAGCAGCACCAGCCGGACCAGCAGCAGCAGCACCAGCAAGAGAUCAGUAGGGAUGAAGGCGCGGGUGAGGGCCCGGCACCGCGCCAGGCGAUUGGGUCUGGACGUCGUGAUAAUGGUGGCUGUGAAGGCGGAGGUGGAGGUGGAGGUGGAGGUGGAGGUGGAGGUGGAGUCGUAAGCGCCAACGAGACCCCGCCGGGAGAGGCGAUGGCGCCGUACUUGGGCCCAAUGAUGAUGCCGCUGCUGCCGCCACCAAACAGCUCCGUCUCGCACCCGGACUACGUGGCGGCGGCGGCGGCGGCGGCGGCACGGGGCCGCGGCCUCAGGAUUCCCCAUGUCGCGCGGCGCCGCCGGCGCAGCACAAGGGGCCGGCCGAUAGGGACCCCGCAGCUGGAGUUGCAGCAGCACCCGCUGCAACAGCCGCUUCAUCACCUCCAGCGGCAACAGCAGCAACAGCAACAGCAGGGCGCCACUGCCGCGGUGCGCAUCGCGGCCCCCGUCAGGCCUCCCCCGGCGGAGCAUCCUGCCGCCGCCGCCGCCGCCGCCACCGCUGCUUCUUGUGGCCGCGCUCCGCCAACGUUGCGGACCCGGGAGUUCUCCGCCGCUGCCCGGGCGGGCCGUGGCGAUGUGCGUGUGCUGCCGCUGGCUGAGAGGCUGCGGGUGCCGGCGACUGUCCCCGUCGCGGAGUGGUACGAGAUAGCGCACCACGUGCUGCGAUACCUUCAGGUACGAUCAGUACGGAGCUGUUCGUAUUUCAAGAGCCGUGGCGGGACGCCAGUGCUAGCUUACUGUUGUUCCGUUUUGUUGUCAUCAGGGGGGAGCAACCGCGAGUGGCAUCGGAAGCGGCUCAUGGCGCAGCUGGUGAACGUGGAGUUCCCCUGCGGGGCGGUGCUGGAGGUGGUGCGGGACGAGCGCUCCACCGCCCACUACUUCCGGGUACGACCUCCGGACGGCUACGUCAGCGACGACGACGGUGGUGCCGGUGGGAACGCGGCGGCGGCGGUGACGGAGGCGGUGACGGAGGCGGAGGCGGAGGCGGUGGUUCGGCGCCGCGGCCACCAGCCGACGCCGUUCCCAGGCCUGGACCGCCUUUGCAAUCGCGUGGAGCCGCGGACGCCAGCGGCUGUGCCAGCUUGCUGUCGCCGUCGCCGUGGCCUGGUGGCCGGCAAGUCGAACGUCGGACUCUUCGGGGCCUGUCGUGCAGCCACGGCAGCGACUGCCGAUGGCAGCGGCAGCAGCACCGCCGCCGCGGCCGCCACCGCCGCCGCUGCCGCCGCGUCCGGCACGGCGCCGGCAGGUGCUGCCGCAAGGCUGGGCGCAGCGCUGGCGGCACCGCCGCCGCUGGCUGACCGGCUGGGCGCUACCCCCAUGGCCAUGGACCUCUGCAACGGUUUGUGGUACCUGGCUGAGGUGGUGGGUGUGGAUGCGGAGGGCGACCGGGUGCAGCUGGUGUUCCGGGGCUUUGACGAGCCGGCUUGCUGGCGGCCCGCCCGCGACCCUACCCUGUGGUGGGGUCCGGACGACCACAUCCUCUGGCAUAACGUCCGUGAGUUCAUCUGGGGGGGCCGAGUGCUCGCUGUUAGGGGGGAAAGCGUUAAGGGAAAAAAUCAACAAGCGGGAGCGCUGGUCGCUUCGGAAUAG